CCCCGCUUUCCCUCCCUCCAGGCGCAUGGCUGGCUGAGGGCGGCUCGGUGGGCGCGCAAGGACAGCCUCCCGCAGGAUGAAGAAGAGCUCGGCUGGUGGCAGGAGAGAGGAGAAGCUGCUCGCAUCCCAAGCCCAGCCCGGGAGCGGAAACGAAUACUCUGGAAGGCUUGAGAGCGAGGUGCAUGCACCUUCGUAACAAGACAGGAUGGAAGCAUACCAGUAAAUUAAGCAGGGAGACAGCUGCCAACACAAUAAACAUAAACUAUGAAGAAACCCUGGAGUCCUAAUCCAUCUCAAGACAGUGUACCUUAUACUGGGAAUUUCACAUGUUUUCAUGAAAGAGAAGGUGAGGCAGACCUGACACCUGAUGACAGUGAGGAAAAGAAAGAAAGAGAGAAGAAACACAGCAGUUUUACUUUGUGCAAUGUGUGCAACAUUCAGCUGAACUCUGCUGCUCAGGCACAGAUCCACUACAAUGGGAAAUCACAUCAGAAAAGAUUAAAGCAGCUCAGCAACGGGAAUCCAAAAACUGAUCAUGGAGGUACAUGCCAGAGCCCUGCUCUUCCAGCCCUGGUACGUCCUCCAGCCCCAGCCCUGCAGCCUCCGUUGGAUAUCAAACCCUUUCUUCCAUUCCCUCUGGACACUGCAGCAGCUGUCAAUCUCUUCCCCAACUUCAAUGCAUUUCAGAACAAGAACAUGCACAUCUCUUGGCCACAGUUCUGCAGCUCAGUUUUGUCCAAAAAAAUGCCAGGGCUGGCUCUCUGUAGAGAAGAUUCAAAAGAGGUAGGGACUAAUAUUGGAAGUCUGCUGAUUGGAGAAAUGGACCCAAUUCAAAAAGCUGUAAUAAAUCAUACGUUUGGGGUUCCUCUUCCUCACAGAAGAAAGCAAAUCAUAUCGUGCAACAUUUGCCAGUUGAGAUUUAAUUCGGAUAGCCAGGCUGCGGCCCACUACAAAGGCACUAAACAUGCCAAGAAGCUCAAAGCACUGGAAGCCAUGAAAAAUAAGCAGAAAUCUGUAACUACCAAGGACAGCGCAAAGACUACCUUCACUUCCAUCACUACCAAUACCAUCAAUGCCAGCUCUGACAAAACAGCGGGCAACACAACAGAGGCACCAGCAAUAUCAACCACCACAACGGUCGAAAUCCGGAAGAGCAGUGUAAUGACAACGGAAAUCACCUCCAAAGUUGAAAAACUCCCCACAGUAGCCGCUAGCAGCAGCAGCAACACCAUCACAUGCUCUUCGGGAGAGACAGAGGAAGAAAAGGCUAAGCGGCUGCUCUACUGUUCACUAUGCAAGGUUGCUGUCAACUCCGCCUCACAACUGGAGGCGCACAACAGUGGCACAAAGCACAAAACUAUGCUAGAAGCUCGAAAUGGGAGUGGAACAAUCAAAGCCUUUCCCAGGGCAGGUGUCAAAGGCAAAGGACCCAUUAAUAAAGGAAACACGGGACUUCAGAACAAAACAUUUCACUGUGAAAUUUGUGACGUGCACGUAAAUUCUGAGACACAACUUAAACAGCACAUAAGCAGUAGAAGGCACAAAGACAGAGCUGCUGGAAAGCCCCCGAAACCCAAAUACAGUCCCUACAACAAACUCCAGAAGGGAACACACCCACUUGGGGUGAAACUAGUAUUUUCAAAGGAACCUUCAAAACCAAUGGCUCCACGGAUUCUACCAAACCCACUAGCAGCUGCCGCAGCAGCUGCUGCUGUGGCUGUGAAUUCCCCUUUCAGUCUUCGAACAGCCCCACCAGCCACCCUCUUUCAGACUUCAGCACUUCCUCCAGCACUUCUUCGACCUGCGCCAGGGCCUAUACGGACCACCCACACGCCUGUCCUGUUUGCUCCGUACUGAACUCCGGGAAGGAAUUAAUUGUACUGCAAUAAUUUUUCAGAGCAAAAGCAAAACAAGAACAAUGAA